AUGCGCCCUGCGGCAGUAAGGGCCCUGAGGAACUCACGGAGAACUCUGAAGCCCUCCAGGCCAUUGACAAGGAAAUAUGCUACAGUAAAAAUUCCUCUGCAAAAAGAUCCUGUUGAACUAGACCACAUUACAGAAUUGCCAAAUGGAAUCCGAGUCGCUACCGAAUCAUUGCCAGGCCCUUUUGCCGGGGUGGGAGUUUACAUCGAUGCGGGCUCAAGGUACGAAGAUGAAUCGCUGCGCGGAGCCAGUCACAUUGUCGAUCGGCUAGCCUUCAAGUCAACCAAAUCCAAAAGCGGAGAUCAAAUGCUAGAAGCCCUAGAGUCUUUGGGAGGCAAUAUUCAAUGCGCCUCCUCGAGGGAAGCGCUGAUGUAUCAAUCUGCAACUUUCAAUUCAGGUGUCCCCGAUACGAUCGCCCUCCUCGCAGAAACCAUACGAGAGCCGCGAAUCACAGACGAAGAAAUUUCGCAGCAAGUAGAAAUCGCCGGGUACGAAAUUUCCGAAAUAUGGUCCAAACCCGACCUGAUCAUUCCUGAGCUCAUGCAUAUGGCCGCCUACAAGGACAACACGCUGGGACAUCCCCUGCUCUGUCCCCGAGAAAGAUUACCCUACAUCACAAAAAGUCUGAUUGAAAAAUAUCGACAUAUAUUUUUUCGGCCGGAGCGCAUGGUGGUGGCUUUCGCUGGUAUCCAGCAUGAAGAGGCGGUUAAGCUUACGGAACAGUACUUUGGGGACAUGACACGAGUCGAGGAUUCCUCGUCGGAAAUCAGCCGACAACCAUCCGUACCUGAAUUACCGCCCUCGAACGCACAGUUUCAACAUUCUCAACCCCCCUCUGUAACGAGCAGAAUUCUCUCCAAGAUCCCCGGAUUCAACAGUUUCUCGACGUCUGCGCCUCAUCAAGCAACCGUCUCGCCAUUAGAUCCCUCAGUGAUUCAACCCCCACCCGAAUCACUCCUCACACAGUCAUCUCACUAUACAGGUGGAUACCUGGCACUCCCGAAACUCCCUGCACCUCGAAACAGUCUUUCAAUCCCGCUGUCCCAUGUCCACAUCGCCUUCGAGGGCCUGCCGAUAUCUUCAGACGAUAUCUAUGCUCAAGCCACACUUCAGACUCUGCUCGGAGGGGGCGGGUCAUUCUCGGCCGGCGGACCAGGGAAAGGCAUGUAUUCACGCCUCUAUACCAACGUCCUCAAUCAACACGGAUGGGUGGAGAGUUGUGUCUCCUUCAACCACAGCUACACUGAUAGUGGGCUUUUUGGAGUAGCUGCCGCUUGCGAACCUGGCCGAGUCGGCCAUAUGGUCGACGUGGUGUGCCGAGAACUGCAAGCACUGACCUUGGAGUCCGGCUUCCCAAGUCUGCAGGUCGCCGAGGUCAAUCGAGCCAAAAAUCAACUCCGCUUCAGCCUAUUGAUGAAUCUCGAGUCUCGACUGGUGGAAUUGGAGGAUCUCGGCAGACAAGUUCAGGUACAUGGACGAAAGGUGGGGGUCAAAGAGAUGUGCGAAAAGAUUGAUGCCGUGACGGUUGCUGAUCUGAGACGAGUGGCGACACAAAUUUUCACUGGCCAAGUGGAUAACAAGGGUCAUGGAACUGGAGCGCCGACGGUCGUCAUUCAGGAAGGGGAAGAUCCCAACCGCAGAUGGACCAGACAGAUAUCAUGGGAAGAUGUACAGUCACGGAUCGCCAGGUGGAAACUAGGAAGGAUGUAG